CCACACUCUGAAACAAUCUUCCAACCCAAAUAUCACAUCUAAUAGAUGGGUCGUCAUGAUACAUGCAACAAACUCAUUUUCUUCUGCCUAUCUAUAUUGUUACUUCACAACACAUUGAAGAAUGUUGACGCCUUGGCAUGUAACUGGGGCACACAAGCGAGCCAUCCUAUCCCACCAAACAUAGUAGUUAAGCUCCUCAGGGACAAUGGGUUCAACAAGGUCAAACUAUUCGAAGCUGACCCUGGCGCACUUAGAGCCCUUGGUAAAUCCGGUAUUCAAGUCAUGGUUGGUAUCCCCAACGAUCUCCUCGCAUCUAUGGCAUCCACUGUUACCAACGCCGAGCUUUGGGUUCAACAAAACGUCUCCCAAUACAUCUCCAAAUACGGAACCGACAUAAGAUACGUAGCCGUGGGGAACGAGCCUUUCUUGAAAACCUACAAAGACCGGUUCGUCCGGUCAACAUACCCAGCCCUACAGAACGUCCAAGCAGCCCUAGUGAAAGCCGGUCUCGGCCGACAAGUCAAAGUAACAGUACCUCUCAACGCAGACGUCUACGAAUCCGGCGACGGUCUCCCUUCCUCCGGCGACUUCCGUUCCGACAUCAAAACACUAAUGGUCUCCAUCGUCCGCUUCCUCGCCGACUCCGUCUCCCCCAUCACUUUCAACAUCUACCCUUUCCUCUCCCUCAACGCCGACCCGAACUUCCCCCGCGAAUACGCCUUCUUCCCAGGCGGCGGCUCCGGCAACAACAACGGCGGAGGAGGAGGAGCCGGAGCUAAGCCUGUAGUCGACGGAUCAAUCUCUUACACCAACGUCUUCGACGCCAACUUCGACACUCUAGUCUCGGCGUUGGAGAAGAACGGCUUCGACGCGGAGAAGGUGGAGAUCAUCGUCGGAGAAGUCGGCUGGCCCACCGACGGCGACGUGAACGCGAACAAAGCGUUGGCGCAGAGGUUCAACCAAGGUUUGUUAAACCGUAUCGUGCAAGGACAAGGGACGCCUCGCCGGAAAACGGCGCCGGAGGUUUACAUAUUCUCGUUGGUCGACGAGGACACGAAGAGCAUCGAUCCCGGGAAAUUCGAACGGCACUGGGGAAUAUUCUCUUACGACGGAGCCGUUAAGUAUCCGCUCAGUUUAGGUAACGGACGUCAGUUAGUUCCCGCGAAAGGUGUUCGUUACCAGGCACGUGAGUGGUGCGUGCUCAAUCCUCAAGCGGCUGGGAAUGGUGCCACGUGGACGUCGUCUGUUGAUUACGCGUGUCAGUUAGCGGAUUGUACUUCUCUUGGGCCUGGAUCCUCUUGCGCGGGUCUGGAUCCCGCAGCGAAUGCUUCGUACGCGUUUAAUAUGUAUUUUCAGAAGAUGGAUCAUCGGAGGGGGUCAUGUGUGUUUAAUAAUCUUGGGGUUGUUACUAAGGUUGAUCCCUCGAGUGGCUCGUGUAGGUUUCCUAUUGAGAUUGAUACGAGCAGGUAUAAUGAGACGUUGCGUCCACGGAAGAAUUCUGGUGCCGGUGGAGGGAUGUGGUGGAGGAUGGUUGUGACGGCGGUGAUGGUGGUUGUUUGGGCGGUGUUUUAUUGAUUGUUAAGGGAUAUUUCCGCUUGUAAAUUUUUCUAUAAUUGUUUUUAUUCUUUUUUUUUUCUUACAUGCAUAUGUAAAUAAGACAUCCGAUAAUUUGGACAUAUCAUUUAUCUCAAAGCUGGUAUGCAUGUAAUAUACUAUAGUAUCUGUACAUAUUUUUUAUAUGAAUUAACCAAGGGAUUAUAUGAG